AUUAGCAAAUGGAGGGGACUUGCGUUAUCAUAUUCGUUUACGUCCUAUAUGUGAAUUCCGUACAAUUAUUCUUCCUUUCUCUAAUACGCCGUAUUCUAUUACGCCAAGGAUCGACGCGUCUCCUUUCACAGAAAAUUGUAACGAUCAAUUGAACGAGCCAUGGAUCACGACAUCAACGGCGAUCAAAUCCCAGACGACGAAAUAGACGAAGUCGAGUUCGUCGACUCAGACCCCGACUCGGAUCUCGAAUACACAUCUGUGAGCAUUGGGUUGAAUAAGACUGGCGAGCGUGGCAGCGGCUAUCAUACUCGCAAUGACCCUUCUGCUCCAUAUCAGCGACAAACGGUGACGGAACGCCGAGGAAUUAUAGAAGUCCGCUGCAAGUCGCGAGAUGUGAUCCAUGGCGUUCUGUCUGAAGAGACGGGAGAGAGCGCAACGCUUCUUGUCUAUGACUUUUACCUUGAUACAACUCGGAGAUCACGGCGAAUCGUGUCCGCCUCGCUAGAAUUCGAAUUUGGAAACGCUGUUCCCGGAGUUCCGGCGCCCCAAGUUCAUGCUAUUGCUCCUGCGGGCCGUGUGACUCUGCUACCUUCGACCCAGGAAGAGUCGGUCACUCAUGGAGCCGAAGUGAAUGCGGGUGUGGGCGAAUUUGGCGCAAAUGCUGGCGGGAGCCUCAAAUGGGAAAAGACUGUGAGCCGCACAACAAACGACGACGCCAGAGUGACGGGCCACAUUUUCAGCGAUGACUACGGCAAAGGCGUUGGCGCGAGCUGGGUUUUGCACGAGAAUCCCACGAUAAAAUCCGGUACACCCAGUUUCUUACGUUGCGCCAUCUUGCUUAAUCGCGGAUUUGACGACAACAAGUUCCAAUGCAAAGUGAGGAUCAAGGUGGAGGCUGAUUGGAAGUCUGAGAUGGGUCGAUUGUUUGGCUCAACACCACCAGAUGACCCAGUCUUGUUCGACCCUGAGAUGCCCCCCACUAAUAAGCUGCGAAAAUAUGACACGGAGAACCUGGGCUCCAUCGAUUUGGAUGAAUUUACGGAUAUCAUCUUUGACAAAGCAUUGAAGAAGAAGGACGCGGCUUAAGGCGACCAAGAAAAGGCGUCAAUGAUUACUAUUCACUUAUAAGCAGCAAGUAGUAUUAGCUAACAGUCGUUAC